AUGGGGAAUACUACCAAUGUGACAUUUACAUCUCCCAAUCGUUAUACAACCACAACAACAAAAACAUUAUCAAAAUCAACAAAAAAUUAUUCAACAAGUUAUCAUGAAAAUUUAAAACAAUUUACUACAACUACCAAUGAUGUAAUAUCAACAACAAGAACACCAACAACAUCAAUAACAAAUCGUUCAUGGAAAAAACAAUUACAAAUAUUAAAUGAAACAUUUGCAUUAAAAAAAUUUUCAUUAAAAACAAGAAAAAUUGAUCGUACGAUACCGACAAUAGACAAUAGUCAAAGUUUUCAUGAAUUAUUACGAGAAAAAAAAUUAACAAAUAUUGAAAAUAAACAUCAACGUUUUACAAUGUUUGAUGAUAAAGAAAAUCAAAAUUAUACAUUAAAUAUUAUAAAUCCAAUUAUUGAAUUUGAAAAUUCAAUGAAAUCUUCUUAUACACGUCAAACAAAUAAUAAACAGCCACAUCAUUUUGUUAAAAAAUCAUUUAGUCUAUUUUCACUUAAACCACUUUCAAAUGUGAAUAGUCAAAGUCAACCUGUUGUAAAAGUUAAAAGUGAUACACAACAACAACAACAACAACAACAACAGUGUCCAUUUAUGGAUAGAACAAAUCAUGAUGAAAAUAAUAACAAUGUCAAUAAGAAAACAUUUGAUAUCUGUCGUCGAACAGACAAAACUCAAACAGAUGACAGAAAGUCUAAUAAACGUCAUUCGAUCGGUAUUCUAUCGAUGGCAUCAGUAAAAUGUUCUCAUCUAUCAAAAUCACAAUCACAAUAUAAUAAUGUUAAAUGUAAUGGUAAUAAUAUUAAAAAAACAUCACAAACAACAUAUUCAUUUUCAUCACCAUAUACUGAGAAUGAAAAUGAUAAACAAAUGAAAUCAAUACCAGAAUUAAUUCAUGCUAAAACUACUUAUACUUCAUCUUCAUCUUCUUUAUUAUCAUCUGCAUCAUCAAAACGUUCUCUCUCAUCUUCUUCAUGUUUGAAACGACGUGAUCGUAUAAUACCAAAGAAAACAAUAAUUCAAGCAUCUACAACAGAAUUAUUACGUUGUUUUGGUGAUUAUUUAUCUCAACAAUGUUCUCAUCUAAAUAAUUUAGAUCCAUCUGAUUGUAUUCUUUGGUUAAAAUCAGCUGAUCGUUCAUUAAUUAUUCAAGGAUGGCAAGAAGAUGUAUUUAUAAAUCCAGCUAAUGUUGUAUUUGUAUAUUUAAUUGUUCGAGAAACACUUCAAUCAAUAAUACACUAUUCACAAGUAUCUACUGUUUAUGAAUUACAAUCAAUUGUAUUAACAUGUUUAUAUUUAGCAUUUUCAUAUAUGGGAAAUGAAAUAACAUAUCCAUUAAAACCAUUUAUUAUUGAAAAUAAUCGAGAUUUAUUUUGGAAACGUGUUGUUCUAAUUAUGGAACGAAUGAGUUCAAAAAUGUUAUUAAUUAAUAAAGAUCCAAAAUAUUUUACAGAAAUAUUUUCAGAAUUAAAAUCAUUUUCAUUACGUUAA